AGAGCCAGAGCUGCCCAGCAGAGCCUCUGCUGCUCAGGAUGGCUACAGGGGAGCAGAGGCAACAGGAGCGGCGCCGGCAGAGGGCUCGGCAGCACGAGCUGCUCCCGGCAGAGAUCCAGGGCAAGCACCCCCUGCAGAACAGAUGGGCACUCUGGUUUUUCAAGAAUGACAAGAGCAAGAUGUGGCAGGCAAACCUGCGCCUCGUCACCAAGUUCAGCACUGUGGAGGACUUCUGGGCGCUGUACACUCACAUCCAGCUCGCCAGCAAGCUCGCAGCUGGCUGUGACUACUCCCUCUUCAAGGAUGGCAUUGAGCCCAUGUGGGAGGACAGCCAGAACAAGCGUGGUGGGCGCUGGCUCAUCACCCUGGCCAAGCAGCAGCGGCACACCGAGCUGGACCGCUUCUGGCUGGACACACUGCUGUGCCUCAUUGGGGAGAUGUUUGAUGAGUACAGCGACGAGGUGUGCGGGGCCGUCAUCAACAUCCGCACCAAGGGGGACAAGAUUGCCAUCUGGACCCGGGAGGCGGAGAACCAGGAAGGGGUCACCCACAUUGGGCGAGUCUACAAGGAGCACCUGGGCCUGUCACAGAAGGUGGCCAUCGGGUACCAGGCUCAUGCAGAUACAGCCACCAAGAGCGGCUCCCUGGCCAAGACCAAGUUUGUGCUGUGACUGUGCAGAGAGUGUGGAGCUGCCUAUGAAGUCCCCAUGUUCUGUCUCACAAUAAAUUUCUGCAUCUCA